GAGGCUGAAAGAUAGGGUUACACACGUGUGCUCCAUGCACUGGAUCUGAAUUUCAUCAAGUGAAGGAAAAGAAAAAAACAAAUUAUUAAUGCGCGCUGUCUUUUUCUGACUGCCUCUGUGACCUUUAUCACACAAAAACAUUGUAAAUAAGUGAAUGUUGGGAUAGCGAUGUUGCAAUGGGGUCAUGCCCUGAAAAUUGGGCUUGGUGAGGAUGUGGACAGAUGUUUCAGGGGGCGUGCCGUGUUAUAAAGUUGGUCGGUCGGGCUAUGGUGCCAUUACGCAGGUAGACUCGCCGCAGUCUCCGGGCCACAUGGCUCUGCCUUGGCGCGCCGCCGUGACGUACAGGGGUUUGAACCGCGGCCUCGGACGGCUGCUGUCCGUGACUUGCGACGCAGCCAUGGACGAGCUAACGACUCCUGUACGAGAGCAGCACAAGUUCAAUGUGGGCAAACUGCAGGAGUACCUGGUCGGCAGGUCGAGAGUGUCUGCUGGGGACACUCUCACUGUCAAACAAUACAGCGCUGGCCAGUCCAACCCCACCUUUCUCAUCCAGACAGGCUCGCAGAGUUAUGUUCUCAGAAAGAAACCCCCUGGCAUGCUGCUGCCAGGGGCUCACAAGGUUGACAGGGAGUACCAGGUGCAGAAGACGUUAUUCUCUGCUGGCUUCCCUGUGCCCCAGCCCUUCUUGCUCUGCACCGAUACUUCAGUCAUCGGGACAGAGUUCUACUUGAUGGAGCAUGUAAAGGGGCGAAUAUUCAGGGAUAUUCGUCUCCCAGGAGUGAGAGCAGCCGAGCGAGCUGCACUGUAUGUGGCUGCAGUGGAGGUGUUGGCGAGGUUACACUCACUAGACCUGACGUCGCUGAACCUUGAAGGAUAUGGGAGAGGACCAGGCUACUGCAAGAGACAGGUGUCCACUUGGACAAAACAGUACAAGGCAGCAGCCCACAAAGACAUUCCAGCCAUGAACGAACUCUCCAACUGGCUGAAGGACAAUUUACCCGCCGGUGAUAAUGAAGUCACUCUUGUCCAUGGAGAUUUCAGAGUGGACAACUUGAUUUUCCAUCCAACAGAGGCACGUGUGAUGGCAGUGCUGGACUGGGAGCUGUCGACCACAGGGCAGCCGCUGGCAGACCUGGCAUACUUCCUCAUGCCUCACUACUGGCCCCAAAGCCUCAACAUCAUCAGCACUAUGGGCAGCUUUAAAGGAAUAGAAGGUAUCCCAACUGCUGAAGACAUAAUCUCCAUUUACUGCCGGUGCCGGAGCCUCCCACCCACUUUGCCGCAGUUGAAUUUUUACCUUGCUCUGUCCAUCUUCAAGAUGGCGGGGAUUGCCCAGGGGGUCUAUGCACGCCACCUGCUGGGUAAUGCCAGUGCACCGAACGCGGCUCAGUUUGGCCAGUAUGUGGAGCCCAUGGCUAAAGUUGCCUUGCAGCUUGCACAGAGGUCCCACCCAGGCCCAACAGAGGACAGGCUGUUCCUCCAGACAGCAAAAGGCAAGGCUGUUCUACAGCAAGUCAAAGACUUCAUGAGACAAUACGUGCUUCCUGCUCAGGAGGAAGUUUCAGAGUAUUACGCCAAAUAUGCUCAUUCUCCACAGAGAUGGCACACUCCCCAAGUAAUAGAAGAUCUGAAGGUGAAAGCGAGGGAGGCGGGGCUUUGGAACCUGUUCCUUCCUGCCGUCAGUGGCCUCAGUCAGCUGGACUACGCUCACAUCGCUGAGGAAACUGGACGCUGCCUCUUUGCGCCUGAAGUUUUCAACUGCCAGGCUCCUGACACUGGAAACAUGGAGGUGCUGCACAUGUUUGGCAGUGAGGAGCAGAAGAGAAAAUGGCUGGAGCCUCUGCUCAGAGGAGAAAUCCGCUCGUGCUUCUGCAUGACAGAACCGGAUGUGGCCUCUAGCGAUGCCACCAACAUGGAGUGUACUCUGCGCAGGGAUGGAGACCAGUAUGUUAUCCAGGGCAAGAAAUGGUGGAGCAGUGGUGCUGGCAACCCACAAUGCAAAGUGGCCAUUGUAAUGUGCAGGAGCAGUUCUCAGGAUGUCAGCAGCAGGCACAGCCUGCACAGUAUGAUCCUGGUUCCCAUGGACACAGCAGGAGUGCAGCUGGUCAGACCGCUCACUGUGUUUGGACAGGAUGAUGCUAUCCAUGGUGGCCACUUUGAAGUGCAUUUUGACAACGUGUACAUCCCUGCCUCCAAUAUUAUUCUAGGAGAAGGCAAGGGUUUUGAAAUAGCCCAGGGUCGUCUGGGACCGGGCAGGCUGCACCACUGUAUGCGGGCUGUUGGCCUGGCAGAGUUGGCACUGGAGCUGCUCUGCCAGCGAGCUGCCAACAGGCACACCUUUGGCAAGAAACUCUACCAACAUGAGGUAGUUGCACACUGGAUAGCAGAGUGUCGGCUCAUGAUAGAGCAGACCCGCCUGCUGACUCUCCAUGCUGCCCAUGCCCUGGAUACACUGGGCAGCCAGGCUGCUCGCAAACAGAUUGCUAUGAUCAAGGUGGCAGCAGCCAGGAUGGCCUGUAAGGUUGUGGACUGUGCUAUCCAGGCACAUGGAGGUGCAGGUGUGUCAGGAGACUUUCCCCUAGCACAGAUGUACUCAUAUGCACGGACCCUGCGCAUCGCUGAUGGGCCAGAUGAGGUGCACCUCUCCUCAAUUGCCCGCCUAGAGCUGAGGGAUCAGCUGAGGAAGGCACAGAGCAAGCUCUGAGGCCACAGGAAACAUAAGGCAAGAUCAGAUGUACCAAAUCAAAAUAAUCUAGUACGCAGGCCUAUAGCUGCCUUAAAAAUCACUCAUUAUUGGCUGUCAUCAACUAUUGCUGGGGAUUUUAAGAAGCUUAUACACAAUAUUGUGUAAUCUCAAACAGGCUUGCAUCAGGCACCAGUAAUUGUUGAAAUAACUGUAUCAACACUACGAAAUGUAAAUAAAUGCACUUGUAAUUGUUAAUAGUUAUGCUGCAAAAAUUAUGUCUGUCAAUGAUGUAUUAUAAUUUCACAAAAUAAUAAAUUUUGGA